GGAGAGGUCUUCAAGAUGUUCAGAUCAAUGAUAAUUUUGCAAAGCUUUCUGAGUCUUUGUAUGUUGCCGACCAGAAGGCCAGAGAGGCAGUUGCUAUGAGAUCCAAAGUUCAGAAAGAGAUGCUUAUGAAAGAAAAGGAAAGGAAAGAGUAGGAACUGCAUGCUCUAGCUCAGAAAGCUCGUUCCGAGAGAACAGGUACAGCUGCACCAGCUGUUGUUCUAAUACCUUCUGAAAGAAACAUGAUGGAUGCUGAUAUGAGAGGGGAAUAUGAUCACCCAAAGGAAAAAGGGAUGGAUUUUCCAAAGGAGAGCACGGAAGAAAGGGAGGGAUGGUUACAGUGGGAGAAAAUCCAAGAGGAACGACGGCGAGAGAGGGAAAGGGAGAGAAGGUUGGAGGCUAAAGAUGCAGCAAUGGGGAAGAAAAGUAAAAUCACAAGAGAUAGAGAUCGUGAUAUCAGUGAGAAGGUUGCUCUUGGUAUGGCUUGUGUAGGAGCAGGAAGAGGGGGAGAGGUUAUGUAUGACCAGAGGCUGUUUAACAAGGAGAAAGGAAUGGAAUCUGGAUUUGCAGCUGAUGACCAAUACAACGUGUAUGAUAAGGGCUUGUUCACUGCUCAGCCUACACUUUCAACCUUGUACAGGCCUAAGAAGGAUAUUGAUACUGAAAUGUAUGGAGGCGCUGAUGAGAAAAUGGAGAAGAUUUUGAAGAUUGAUCGCUUCAAACCUGACAAGGGGUUCACCGGUACUUCCGAGAAGAAUGGUCCAAGAGACAGACCGGUUGAGUUUGAGAAGGACAUGGAAGAAGCUGAUCCAUUUGGGUUGGAUAUGUUCUUGACACAGGUCAAGAAGGGUAAGAAAGCCAUUGAAAAAGUUGGUAGUGGAGGAACAAUGGCAGCAGUUGGUGGUGGUUCUUUCCGAGAUGACUAUGAAGGAGGAGGUUCUGGGAGAACUCGCAUUGGGUUUGAGAGGGGUCGUUAAGCAGCCUGGUUAGGACGUAAUUAAUGCGGUGUUUUUUUUUUUUUGGUGGCUAUUGCCCCGUAGAAGUCUUCGAAAUACAUUCUGCUAAACAUAUUGUAUCUUGUGUGAGUUGGCAGCCAAAACAAGUUAUAAUUUUCUGCUCUAGGUGCUCAAUUGAAGUUUAUUUGACCAA